UGUGUACAGGAGGAGAAGGGAGCGAAUGCUAACGCUGCUAGCCGGAGCCUCCCGAUUAUAGAAACACGGCUGAACGUGGUCAUGGUGCGCACGGUCGGCUUUAUCUCGUGAAGAAAGCCCGGCCUGGAGUAUCCGCGCCGCCGCCGGAGGGACAGAGACGCUCGUUUCUUUUGACGGAGUAACAAAGCCGGUAGGUGAGGACUGCAGAGCCGAGCCGUGCGAGUCAACGUUAGCUGGCCUAGCCGGACUCGGGAGCUCGUCUCCCAAAACAAGAAUGGGGUCUGGGUCCGCCGGAUUAGCCCGCUAGUCCAGUGACCUCUGACUGUUUUCUCCAUGGCGAACUUCGCGAAUUACCAGGAGGGCAAGGCGGCGAUGCUGAUGGUGGAGACUAAAGCUGCGGCCGCUAACGGAGACGGCUCAGCCGGGGAACCCCCUUCCCCGUUAAUUAAUAUCGGCGGCGGCGGAGGAGGUGGAGGAGGAGGCGGAGGCGGCUCUCGUUUCCAGCAUUUACCGCCCUCCAACCACCUCCACCAUCCGCAUCACCCGCAGCAGCAGCAGCAGCUUUCCGGGGAGAGCAUCGCUGAGUCCCCGGGCAGGAAAGCCUCGUCCUCGUCGUCCGGUACGGGACUCUCGGUGGAGGACGCAGCCGCUAGCGGCAGCAGCAGCACCGGCGGCACCGGCAGCGGCGGCGGCGGCCAUGUGUACGCGGCCGUCAGCGUCGCCAAUCCCUCGGACGCUGUGGAUGAUAUUCGCAAGUGCGGUUACCUGAGGAAGCAGAAACACGGACACAAGCGGUUCUUCGUGCUGCGGGCCGCCAGCCAGCUGGGGCCGAGCCGCCUGGAGUACUAUGACAGCGAGAAGAAGUUCCGGAGCAGCCUGCGCUCCGCUGCUGCCGCCGCGGCGGCCACGGCACCGGCGGGCGGAGGGGCCGUGGCCCCCUCUCCACCCAAACGGGUCAUUUACCUCUACCAGUGCUUCACCGUCAACAAGAGAGCCGACUCCAAAAACAAGCACCUCAUCGCGCUGUACACCAAGGACGAGUACUUCGCCAUCGUGGCGGAGAACGAGCAGGAGCAGGAGGACUGGUACGUGGCGGUCAGCGAGCUGAUGAGCGAGGGCAAGAAAGGUCACGUGGACUCCGACGACCUGGACGACGGCUACGGUACGGUCACCCCCGGUACUGUCUUCAAGGAGGUGUGGCAGGUGAACGUGAAGCCCAAAGGCCUGGGUCAGAGCAAGAACCUGACGGGCGUGUACCGGCUCUGCCUCUCCACCAAGACCAUCCACCUGGUGAAGCUGAACUCCGAGACGCCCUGCGUCAACCUCCAGCUGAUGAACAUCCGGCGCUGCGGACACUCGGAGAGCUUCUUCUUCAUCGAGGUGGGCCGCUCCUCCUCCAUCGGGCCGGGGGAGAUCUGGAUGCAGGUGGACGACUCGGUGGUAGCCCAGAACAUGCACGAGACCAUCCUGGAAACCAUGAAGGCCCUGAAAGCGUUUGCCGAGUUCAGGCCGAGGAGCAAGAGCCAGUCCUCGGGCUCGAACCCCAUGUCGUUCAUCACGACGCGGCGGCACCUGGGGAACCUGCCGCCGAGCCAGACCGGGCUGCAGCGGCGGUCGAGGACGGAGUCGGUGGUGGGCACGCCGCCCUCCAGCAAGAGCUCCGGGGCCAGCGGCUACCGCUUCCGCACCUCCAGCGAGGGGGAGGGGACGAUGAACCGCCCCUUCCGCUCCACCACCGGGAGCCUGGUCCACCUCAACUCCACCCGCCCGCACCACGGCCGGCAGGACAGCGGCGGCGCCGGCGGGAGCGGCGUGGCGACGGGGAACGCCGGCACGAACACGGGCGGCGGGCGCUACGUCAGAGCCGUCCCGGGGACGUCCUCCACCUACCACGCCCGCUCCGCCUCGCUGCCGGUGUCGCACUUCCCCUCCACCACCAGCCCCGUCAGCGUGUCCUCCAGCAGCGGCCACGGCUCCGUGUCCGACACCCUCACCCGCCCGUCAAGUGCCUCCAUCUGCGGCUCCCCGUCCGACGGCGGCUUCAACUCCUCGGACGAGUACGGCUCCAGCCCCGGAGACUUCCGCUACUUCAGGGUGCGCAGCAACACGCCCGACUCGCUGGGCAACACGCCGCCCAUCAGAGAGGAGCACUGCCUGAACGACUACAUGGCCAUGGGCUGGAGCCGGGAGGUGUUCGGCGCCGGCUCCGGCAACAACAGCGGCGGCGACACGCCGCGGGACGAGAGCGCGCUCGCCGCCGAGGACGAGCGCUUCUCCUCCUCGUCGUCGCUGCGGAGGAGAACUCACUCCUUCUCCAGGCCGUCCGGCGGGGCGACCGGCAGCUGCGGGGUGACGGUGUACCAGAAGAUGACCCAGACCAACUUCUCCCUGGACGAGGGCUCGGACGUGGCGCUGCCGUUCGGCGGCGGGCUGUUCCGCGGCGGGCCGUCCUCCUCCUCCUCCUCCCUCCGGUCGGACUACAGCUCCUGCUCCGAGCACAGCCAGCAGAGCCGUCCCUCCACGCUGUCCCGGACGGAGGCCGGCGCCGAGCGGCCCCCCCUUGCCACGUCCUCCUCCUCCUCCUCCUCCGCCGCCGCCAAGGAGGACAGCGGCUACAUGCCCAUGAUGUGCGGCGUGGCCGCGUCGCCGCGGGACACCCCCCCCGAUUACAUGCCUAUGCAACCCAGCUCUUACCCCCACCACGUGUCUCAUUCCCCCCAGUUCCACAGUCCGGCUCUGGCCGCCCGGUCGGCUCACCACCACCCCCCGCAGCUCCAGGCGCAGUCCUCCACAGACGCUCAUGGCUACAUGAUGAUGCUCCCCGGCGGCGGCGGCGGCUCCCCCUCCCCGGUGCAGGCCUCGCCCGUCCCUCACAUAGCGGAGAGACCUGAGAACGGGGAGUACAUGGACAUGUCUUACAGCAGCAGCAGCGGCGGGCGCAAGCUCUCAAACGAAGGGAACCAUGGGUACUACAUGCCCGGCACGCCGGAGGGCACCCCGAAAUCCUACAGCCCGUACUUCUCCCUCCCCCGCUCCUACAAGGCCCCCACCAGGGAGAGGGACGACAAGGAGUUCGGGGAGUACGUCCCCAUGAGUUCCCCCGCCAAACCCGUCUACUCGUCAGUCGCCACGGCUUCACUGUCGACACCUGAGAAGAGGGGUGGGGGGGGAAGCAGCGCCUCCACCCCGUCACACCCGCCGCCGCCUUACGGAGCCCACCACACCACCGCCGCCAUGGCCGACCGGCGGGUCGUGAGGCCCAACCGCCUCCCCCUGGGCCGGCGGAGCUUUCACGGCCCGCUGCGGGUCGGCGAACCCGCCGCGGCGCCGGCGGACGCCUCGGCUCCGGCCCCCCCCACCAGCGUGUCGUGCGAGGGCCCCUCCAGCCCCGGGGAGUACAUCAACAUCGAGUUUGGCGAUCACUACCCCCUCCAACAGCAGCCGCCCGCCUACCCCGCCUCCGCCCCGGACGAAGCGCCCCCCCUGGGCCCCGGCGACGGCUGCCACUCGCCCCCCCAGGCCCAGAUCCAUCAAGACUACAUGAGCGUUGAGGUGGGGGCGGACCAGCAGGACGGCGCUCAGUGUCGGGGUAAAAGCCAGUCCCCCCGGCCCAGCCUGGUGGCCCCCUGGAACCCCCCCAGCUACAUACGACCCCUGGCCAGCAACCCUGGGGUGCUGGCCCCCCCCGGAGUCCAGGCCGGGGGUCACUGGAGGUCGAUCGGGGACGACUACACGGACAUGACGUUCAACCUCAGCAGAGGCGAGAGGACACAGACCAGCCCCACGGCCAUGCUGCAGCACCUCUGCGUGCUGGAGGGGCCCUACGGCCACGCCCCCUCCGCCGCCGCCUCCAUGUCCCCGCCCCUCCCCUCCCCGGGCGCCGGCAGGGCGCCCGCCCACCUGCCCGAGCCCAAAGUGGUGCGAGCCGACCCCCAAGGCAGGAGGAGACACAGCUCGGAGACCUUCUCGUCCACGUCCUCCUCCAACUCCACCCCCUCCGGCGGGGGCGGGGGCCCGCCCUCGUCGGCCACCCACCCCACGCUGUCCAACCCCGCGGCGCCGGGCGGGUCGUACCUGACGGAGGGUCAGGCUUCCAGGUGGGCCAGUUCGGCAUCUUUUGACAGUGUGUGGAUGUCGGUGGAGGGGGGCGGGGACGCCCCGGCCAGAACCGCGGAGCCGGGCCCGGCCUCCAGAACCUCAGGACCCUCCCCCUCCUCCUCAGGGGCCGCCGCCGCCGCCGGCAGGAUGUGCAGGAACAUGUCUGUCGGCUACCAGAACGGCCUCAACUACAUUGCCUUGGAGCUGAGAGAAGACGGGAGUAGCACGGGCGCCGCGCCCGGCGGCGGCGGCGGGAGCGUGGCGCCCGGCGGGACGGUGCCUCUUCCAGAGAACGGAGCCUACGCCAGUAUAGACUUCACCAAAUCAGACGGCGUCACCACGACCAAGGACUGAGCGCCGGAGGACCUCCUCCUCUUCCUCCUCCUCCUCUUCAUCUCUCUGCUCGUGGCUCUCGACUCCACCUGUGACCUUCGGCCCGCUCCCGCCCCGCACCGGUGACCUCUGACCUCGGCUGCUCCUUCCUGGACAACAAACAACAACACGACAAGAAGAAUGCUUGCAGUCUAAUUCUUUUUUUUUUCUUUUUUUUUUAAGUGUUUUUCAUGUUUUAUUUUUUUUUUGUGUUUUAUACUCAUAUCUCAUCCAGUUGUUUUCGGUACUUUUAAAAAAAAAAGAAAUAAUAACCCCGCCCCCCCCCCCCCCCCAUCGUGCUGCUGCCCCCUCCUCGGUCUCCACAGCAGCUCCAGACGCUUCUGCUGCUCGUCUGAAGAGAACAGAACCGACAAAGGGAAGAUUUAACCCAAGGCAUUAUGGUACAGAAACUUUCCCCUUUCUUUUGUUUUAAGCCCCCCGUGUGUGAUUUCAGCCCCCUCCCUCCUCGGUACGAGCCGGGCUCAGCCUCACGGUUCAGUGUUAUUUAUUUGCUCAGACGGUCCGGUACAUUUCACUGCUCCUCCUCUGACUGACGGUACUGCGGGGGGGAGCAGGGUACUGCAGGUGACUUACUUUAGCGUUUUGGGUAAAUAAAAAAAAAACGAGCUUUCUUGCGAAGAGUUUGAUGAGAACGCUGAGGCUGGUUAGUUUUGACCCAAUAAAGACUGAAAACAGGAAUCUGACGUGGUUUUAUCAAGUCGUCCCACUUUAUAAUGUGAACUGAAAGCUGAAACCGGUCGGCCUUUACAAUCAGAUUCUCUUCUCUACUCAAGUGGCUCAUGCAGCUUCUAAUCACAAAAUAAUUCCAUUUUCUAAAAUUUAAAUACCCCAAAAACUGUAUGUGACAAAUGUAUUGAAUGUUAUAUUAAUGGAAGCUCGACCUUCGAUGUGUGCCAAAACAUGCCGAGAUUUCUAAACAUUACAUCUCUUUAAUGCUCCCAGGAGGUUGAGACUGAAGCAUGAAAUGCUUCGGAGUUAACAGAUCCUGGAUGAAUAACAGUGAUGAGUAACAGGAGAUCUUCCUCAUACCUGAGGGAACGGAUCUGAGUUCAGGUGAUCGAUAGAAGCUGAGGAGACGGAUUCCUUCAGGCUCGUGACAAUCAGGCGACGAUGUGCAAAACAAGCUGCACUGAAGUGCAGAAGUCCUUCAAGACAGGAAAAAAAAAAAAAAAUGUUUAAAUGAUUCUCGGCAGAAAUCGACGAGGAGCCGAUAAUAUUCAUCCCUUCUGAUAAACUCUGCUUUAAUCGGACUGAAGGAGGAAAAGGGAAACAAACGUCUGGCCUCGCUUUCAGAAUAAAACCCUUAGUUCAGUGUUUCGUUUUACCUCAUAUGUACGAUCCAGACCACACACACACACACACACACACACACACACACACACACACACAGAGGCCGAUAUGUACGUCAUGAGAGACGCAUGUCUCGGUCAUGCGGCGUCUCUUGUUCUCAUGCACACACACACACACACACACACAGGGUAACCCCUGCCUGCCCUCUGCCUCCGCCGGGGGCUCCUGAUGACGUCCGGGAUGUCACACACACACACACUCUCUCUGGAGGCCCCGACGGCAGCAGGUCCCCGUGACGUGCACAGGUUUCCAGUAACCUGAGCCACACACACACACACACACACACACACACACACUGCUGCGUCCAUUACACCCGUGUCUUGUGUUUCUGGACGCGGCGGCGCUCACAGCUGGUGGAACCCGCAGUGUUCUCUUUGGAAUGGGUCAAAGGUCACGAGCGGCCUGUCUUUACAUAACUGUCCAGGAAGUGACCGCUUCAGAGUAUUGAUGGAAACCACUGGUCCCACCGCGCUGUGAGGGAUGAUCGGCUUUAGUUUUAAAGCUGAGGAUGAUGUUUUCCCCCCCCAGACCUUCAUCGCUUCAGCAUCGUGUUGCUUUUCUGAAGCUGCGGUAGAGGAACUGUAGACGGCGGGGGAUUUCUUCUUCUUCUUCUUCUUCUUCUUUUAAAUCGCCCCCAUUAAUUUAUUUAAAGCUUUUCUUGAAAUCAUGUUUUCCCCCUUUUCAACUCAUUUUGACUUGAUUUUUACACAGAAUCUGUGUUUAUGUGGCAACAGUUCAACCUCAAACCAGUCCUCACACACACACACACACACACACACUCGCUCCAGAGGGUACUGCAUCAUUAUGCAAGCUUUUAUUUCCCCCCACCACCUUCUUUUCCUUAAGUCUUUUCUGAUUUAUUUUGUAUUCUAGUUUACAGAGAAGAGAAAGAAACAAAAGAACCAUCUUGGUUUGGUGGCUACUGGAGAGACUCGGCGGCGAGGGUAGUUUUUUUUAAGAGUACAUAGGCAUUUUUGCAGUUAUUUGUAUAAAGAAAUGGGUUCCAACCUGCCUAAUGUUUAUUUUUUUGUAACUAUAUUACAGUUUAUUCGCUGCUGUGUAGUAAUACGGUUGGGAAAAAUGCUGCAGAGGAUGUUUUAGCUGCGCUGCUAACGGGCGUGUUUUUAUUUUUGUUUGUUCUCCUCAGAGGUAUCGGGGUGGGGCAAAAGUUAAAAAAAAAAAAAAAAAGAAGAAGCAAAUUCUACCCUGCUUUCCCAUCUCCCCCCCAUCCACCCACCCACCCAGUUGAAUGCUGUUGUUCAUUAGCUUUAUAGGAAAGAGUUAAAAAAGAAAUACUGUGGAGGUGUGUAUCCUUCGUAUGUGCAUUAUUUUUCAGCGACAUACAUCCUAUAUAUGAUUAAAAAAAGAUAAAACUGUGUUGGAAAAAUGGAAAUUCUCCUUGUGUAAAUAAGGAAAAAAAACUCAAGUUGUCGCUUUUUCAUGUUAUGAUUGACGCCUUGGCAG